GGAGGACUAACCUUCUGGGACUGUUGCUCGCAGUUUGGAACAACCGGAAAUAGUGUUUGCUCGUGCCUCUCGCGCGAAUUCCGGAUUGUACAAGGGGACGGAAGCAUCAAGGUGCAGCUCAUUCACGACUUACGACUUAAGAAAACAGUCCAGCCUGUUGUUUACAUCGUGACCAGCGUGAUCACAAUAUCUUCUGCUGUGUCAAAGCCCUGCCACGCUGCCAUGAGUGCCCUGUUCGCCUGUGAGGACCCAGCCCAGUGGAGGAAGGUGUAUGAUGGAUACUGGGAGGUGGUGGAGGCCAAGUCCACCGGGCAGGGCAAGAAAUCUGGGAAGCUGCUGGCCCUUGACAAAUGGUACCAAGAGGAGCUGCCCGUGGCCAUCGGCAGCCGCCCUGACAGACAUGUGACUCUGUCAGAGCUGGUCAAGCUGAUGGAGUGGAAACUCACUAGAGGGAAGUUCAGGCCGCGGCUGCAGCAGCUGGUGGCCUCCAACAGCGAGGAGACUGUGGAGAAAUGUUCCAGAAAGGCCUUCAGCCUCCUGCCUGACAUGCGGGCAGCCAUCGCAGAGCUCAGCUCCCUGAAAGCCCUGGGCCCGGCCACCGCCUCAGCUGUGUUGGCAGCAGGAGCUCCGGAGCAGGCAGCGUUCAUGUCUGAUGAGGCCGUGGAGAGCGUUCCUGGACUGAAGCCCAUCCAGUACACAGCCAAGCACUACGCACUCUACCUGGACAAGGUGGUUGAACGCACUAAAACACUUAACAAAGUGGAUCCCCAGCAGGACUGGACGCCCCACAGGGUGGAGCUCUGUUUGUGGGCGUGGGCCGUAGCCAAUCAGCAGCAGCUCCCGCUCCUGGAAGAUGUUGGUGUAAAGGGCAGUGCUGUGAGGGAGAAGACCUCACACUCCGACUCUGACCAGAGACCAGCUAAGAAGCAGAGAGCCAGAUGAAACCACAGCCAGGUUUUAACAUGAAACCUGCUUUAAUCUUCUGUCCAGUUUAUAUUUUUUUGUUAAUAAAGCCCUUAUUUGAAAUAA